UUUGAUAAAUAACAAUUGAUUGGCUAAAUUCCCCACGAAAUCAGUCAUUUUCUGCUCUGCUUCGAUUUCACUUCCCAGCAAGAGGCAACGGCAUCAUGGCAACUAGGACGAUAGCUCCCCUGACACUGCUGAUCUUUCUCUGCACUGAAAGUAUAACAUUUUCCGUCGUAUCUCUGGCCUAUGCCUAUCCACCGAGUUACGGCGACGAUUCGGGUUCGUGCUCACUAAGAGACGAUCUAGUCCCUGUGAGGAGAGAGGUGUACGAUGACGGAAGGAUCUUCGAUAUAAGUCACAGGUACAGAGAGGAAAUGCCUGCUUGGGGUUCAUCGGAUGGGUUAGGCCAAUUUCUGUGGCUCCCGAAGAGCAUGAAGAAUGGUUCCCUUGCUAACAACUCCGAGAUGAAGUUGCCUACCCACACCGGCACCCACGUCGAUGCACCUGGCCAUGUCUACGAUCACUACUUUGAUGCUGGUUUUGACGUCGACACCCUCGACCUCGCUGUUCUCAAUGGUCCUGCACUAUUGGUGGAUGUUCCGAGGGAUAAAAACAUUACAGCUGAAGUUAUGAAAUCCUUAAACAUUCCUAGAGGUGUACGUCGGGUACUAUUCAGAACGCUAAACACUGACAGGGGAUUAAUGUGGAAAAAGGAGUUUGAUACAAGCUAUGUUGGAUUUAUGAAGGAUGGUGCAAAAUGGUUGGUUGAGAACACUGAUAUCAAACUUGUUGGAGUCGAUUACCUAUCUGCUGCAGCAUAUGAUGAUUUGAUUCCUUCUCAUCUUGUUUUCCUGGAAAGCAGGGAAAUCAUUCUUGUGGAAGGCCUGAAAUUGGACGGCAUUCAACCAGGAAUAUAUUCUGUACAUUGCUUACCUCUAAGAUUGCGUGGUGCUGAAGGAUCACCAAUAAGAUGCAUUCUCAUCAAAUAAUAAUUUUCAUGAAAGUCUUCUUUGCAAGGCAUGAAGUGGAGUACCGAGUUUGGGAUGUUGACUAUGUAGAUUACUUUUCACUUGGAUUCUUGUUAACAAUGAAUUACAUUUAAACAAUGACUUCUUUUACAUUUGAAAGUGUAUCUUCUUUUUACCAAGGCAGGUCAACCCUUAUUUGCUACAUGUAUGGAAGAACCAUAGGCCAAAAUCUUGUGAACCAAUUUGCUCCGGACCAAUUCAUGAUUGGUAUCAAAAGGACUUCUGUUAAAAUUUGAA